AUGGUUAGGCGUGAAAAUAGAAGUAUAGAAAACACCAACACUCAAGGAAAUGGUCAGAGUGACGCAUUUGCUGAGUUCUUUGAGGCAUUUAUGGACGCACCUCCCACCUUCACAUUCUACAUUUCAAUCGGCACUCCAACGGUAGAUAUCUCAGUAAUUAGUCCCAUGGAAAUUCCAAUAUUCGUAAAUAGGAGAAGUGCCCAGACUGAGACCAGUAGGAAUACUGCUGCAGGUACACCAUCACAAUUCUUCAGUUAUAUACAGGAGCUCAUAGACAGUAUCCGACGAAGAGAAAGGAUCAAAAAGGAGCUGAUUAGAAACAAGCCAUAUGUAUUUACAAAAGACAUGGAAACAAAGGACUGCACAGUCUGCUUAUCGGAAUUUAAACACAAGCAACGUAUUAGAAGAUUGGAUUGUGACCACGAGUUUCAUAAAAAAUGUAUCGACAAGUGGUUAUUGCAGGGCAACUCCUGCUGUCCUCUGUGCAGAAAGGAGCCUUUUUUGAAGAAGUAUAAGGAAAAAUAG